CCAGGCCGAGCCUCUGGUGGUGGACCUAAAGGAUCUCUUCCAAUUGGUGUACAACCUGAAAAAGAAGGAGGAAGCUGAAAAUCAGGCCAAGGAUGACAGCAAGCCCAUUAAGAAUGGAAGUCCACUAUUGAACUUUGACGAUGAGGUAUCCUGUGUUAAGAAUGAAAACAAUGACAGCUCUUCGGGUUGCUUGUUGGAUUUGUCCUCUCCUGAAAUGGACCCCCUGAACACCUGUAUGAAAGACAAUCCCUUCCGAGAUGAGACCACUGCUUCCUCGCUCAACUUCUUCCCCACGCCUGACCCCAACCCCUUUGGAAAUGAUCCUUUCUCUCAACAUAACCAAUCAGUACCUCAGGCUGUUGAUUCUGCAAAUUUCUCCAAUCAGAAAGACGGAGCACUUGCUUUCCUAGAUGCUGCCAGCAGUUUGAACUUUGACCACCUGUCUAGUCCAGCUGUCACUGGCUCUAAGGUUGACUCAUCCCCAUGGCCGCUGAAUGGGUUGCCAGGCCAAGAACCAAGUGAUUCAGUUAGCAAGCCAGCACCCAAUCCUUUUGCUAAAAUCUCUGGCCCCACGCCAGCCACACACAAUGGCUUAAAACCAGACACUCAAAGUGCUUCGACCAAGCAGAUGGAUUCCCUCCUGGGACAAGGUCUCGACUCCAUCGCCCUGUCCCCUCCACCGCAGAGCGCCAAAGGAGGACGAGGCAGGCGAGCUAUCCAGACCACUAGCGACAGCGUUGUGUCCAGUACCACUGCAGUUCAGCCCCCAGCACCAUCCGGUCUUGCUGCUUUGGACCUGUUCAGCGUCCCGGUCUCGACAUCUUCUCUGGCCGGUCCAGAAUUACCAGAAGCCACUGUGAGACUGAGUGCUCUGGUGCCAAAUCCCUUUGAUUCAAUGGGAGAUCCAUUUGCUGCCCCUCCCACAUCUGAUUCUGCACCUGCUACCACUCCACAGUCAUCCUCUGACCCAUUUGGAGAUCACUUCAGAAACCCAUUUCUUUAACACCCGCCUCCCCAUAUUUGACCUGGACUCUCAACUGGUUUUUGCAUACAAUGGAAGGGUUGACGAAUGGAACUGGUUUCUUGUGGCAUACACACCUGUGGACUUCAAGUCUUGUAGACCAUCGGUUGGCCAAAGCUGGUUCGCAGCAGCUGGACAGAUCUACAGUCAAGUUAACUCCAAUUGAUGGAGCCGAUUUUCAAACCCGAAUGUUUUGUCUCUGGGGAAUGGAAGCCAGCCCAAGCCGCCUCCGGAUUUUGGUCUGCUGGAGAGUUUAAGCUCCUGUUUUCCACUUGGUCCUUCAGUGGUCCGGUUGUACUGAGCACCUUUGACGUCUGUGGAACUGCCUGGUUUGUUUCAUGUGCCUUGCGUUGAUCUCGAUCUCCUGCGCUUUUUUGUGGUGUUUGCUGUCCCUGCAAUGGAGGAUGUGUAGGUCCAUUGUAAAGUGGGAUGAGAGAACCCAGUAUGGGAAGUGCAUCUCCAUGGUAACCCCUCUGCAGGUUGAUCUUCACACUACGUGCCUAGCCCUUGGCCCUUUCUUUACGUCAUGUGUCUGGGCUGGAUUAUAGAUGUGGUGAAGUAUUUAGAAAUACACCAGGCAAAAGAGUUGGGAAUGGGGGAGCCUAGCCCAAAAUGAGGGAAUGCUAAUUUUGCACAUUUUUUAAAGUAUUUUAAGCUUUAGCACUAAGGUUAACAAAAGCCUGAUUUAAACCAAAUGAAACUCCCCCAGACCUCCUAGGUGGCGUCCAACUGUUAGCGUUCCCACUGGAAUAACCCUAUAGCCCUGACGUGACAUGAAUGCUAUUUGAGUGAGACCAAUAUUGCUGCUGCUACACCAUCUCUACAUCCUCACAAGUGGUUCAUGUGCACACACCAUACUAACAGAUCAGUGGACACUGCUCCGGAAUCUGUAUGACACUCUUAAACCUGCCCAAACAACACCAGGAUCAACCCAGUGCAAGGCUCUGGAUCCUGUCAUGGUGAGUCUUGGACAUUUAAAGCCAGUGUACGUGUCACUGCAAUUUAUCUGCUCACCUGAUUGUAAGGUAACAUAACUAGAAGUUCCACUGUAAAGGUAGCCUCUGAACAGUGUAAAGGUGUAGAUUUGAUGCCAAGCCCAGGGUAAUCUUUGUUUGUAUGAGCACUUGCCAGCACUCCACCUGCCAGUUCCUUGACAGCCCUGGUCCGUGUCCUUCCAACAUCUUAAAUUCUUCAAUAAACUGGAUCUAUCAGUAGUUAGUUUAAGCUUUAACUAUUACAACUAUAACCAAUCUAAUGUGUUCUUUUAUU